CAUUCAAACUUCCGCUUUCCUUUUAUUUCCGGUGUGCAUGGGAGCCUUUCGCAAUAUUGCAAGAUGAAGCCGAUUCUGCUACAUGGUCAUGAGCGGUCAAUUACAGAGAUCAAAUACAACAGGGAGGGGGAUCUCAUCUUUACCUGUGCUAAGGAUCAUCAACCCAAUGUGUGGUAUUCAAUCAACGGCGAGAGACUUGGGACCUUUAAGGGUCAUACAGGAGCUGUUUGGAACAUUGAUGUCAAUUGGGACACAACCUAUGUGUUGACAGGGUCUGCUGACAACUCGUGUAAACUAUGGGAUUGUCAAACAGGGAAAAUGCUGUCAACCAUGGAGUCGAAAACAGCUGUAAGGUCAUGUGGCUUCUCCUACAGUGGAAACCUUAUCAUGUACACAACUGACAAAACCAUGGGACAUCCUUGUGAAAUCCACAUCUACGACAUCAAUGAUAUGAGAGAGCCAGCGAUGAUCUUUCCCAUAGCCGGUUCUAAGAUUACAUCUGCUGUCUGGGGACCGUACGAAGAGUACAUCAUCACAGGACAUGAAAACGGAGAGUUGUGUCAUAUUGAUAUGAAAACUGGUGAGAAGAUCCAUGCUGUCCAGGAACACUCAAAACAGAUCAAUGAUAUCCGGUACUCCAAAGACAUGUCCAUGCUAAUCACAGCUUCUAAAGACACAACAGCCAAGCUCUUUGAUACUACGUCCCUGCGUCACAUGAAGACAUACAAGACCGAGAGGCCAGUCAACUCUGCAGCCAUUUCUCCUAUCAGAGACCAUGUGGUACUUGGAGGAGGACAAGAGGCUAUGGAAGUCACUACAACUUCAUCCAGGGUUGGCAAGUUUGACGCUCGCUUCUAUCACCUUGUCUUCGAGGAGGAAUUUGGCAGGGUCAAAGGCCACUUUGGUCCUAUUAACUGUUUAUCAUUUCACCCGGAUGGAAAAAGCUAUAGCAGUGGAGCAGAAGACGGAUAUGUACGAGUUCAUCAAUUUGAUCCCAGCUACUUUGAGUUCAGAUUUGACUAUUAACCUCUGUGGAACGUAAACGCCUGAAAAUUGACAGUCUAUUUAUAUUAAACAAAGUGCUCCAGCAACUAAAACGAACAGAAAAGGUCUGCCAUGCCUAAAUUUCACCACAAGGGACAUUUAAUUUUGAAUAUGGAUCAUGUCUUUCUCCUUGAGAUCCAGGUCCAAGGAAGUCAUUAUGAUUAUUGGAUCAAGAAUAAAUUUUACAUCUGGA